AGAUGAACUGAAAAGAUCCCCACCAUGGAGUCUCCAAUCUUAGUGACCACAUUCUGUUUGAUUUUCUGUCUCCGAGCAGUUUGGGGAAUUGGAGUAGACCCCUCCUUGAAAAUCGACUUCUUGACGGAUUUAGAGCUGGGGGAGUCCACGGUGGGAGUACUCCAGGUUCCUGGGCUGCACAAUGGAAGUAAAGCCUUUCUUUUUCAAGAUACUUCAAGGAGUGUAAAAGCAUCCAUUGCUACUGCUGAACAAUUUUUUCAGAAGUUACGAAAUGAGCAUGAGUUCACUAUUUUGGUGACCUUAAAACAAAUACAAUUAAAUUCAGGUGUUAUCCUAUCUAUUCAUCAUUUAGAUAAAAGAUACUUGGAACUGGAAAGCAGUGGUCAUCGAAAUGAAAUCAGGUUGCAUUACCAUUCAGGCAGUAAGCAAACUCAAACAGAAGUGUUUCCUUACAUUUUGGCUGAUGAUAAGUGGCACAGACUCUCCUUAGCCAUUAGUGCUUCACAUCUGAUUUUACAUGUGGAUUGUAAUAAAAUUUAUGAAAGAGUAGUGGAAAAACCAUCCAUGGAUUUCCCUUUAGGCACAACAUUUUGGCUAGGACAAAGGAAUUAUGCACAUGGAUACUUUAAGGGAAUAAUGCAAGAUGUACAAUUACUUGUCAUGCCCCAGGGAUUUAUUACUCAGUGUCCAGAUCUUAAUCGCACAUGUCCAACUUGUAAUGACUUCCAUGGGCUUGUGCAGAAAAUAAUGGAGUUGCAAGACAUUUUGGCCAAAACAUCAGCUAAGCUAUCCAAUGCUGAACAGCGGAUGAAUAAAUUGGAUCACUGCUAUUGUGAAAAGACCUGCACUAUGAAGGGUACUACCUACCAAGAAUCUGAAUCCUGGACAGAUGGCUGUAAGAACUGUACAUGCAUGAAUGGCACCAUCCAGUGUGAAGCACUGGCCUGUUCAUUUCCUGAUUGUCCGUCUAAGUCGGCCCCUGCUUUUGUGGAUGGCAAAUGCUGUAAGGAAUGCAAAUCCAUAUGCCAUUUUCAAGGAAGAACCUAUUUUGAAGGAGAGAAAAAAACAAUAUAUUCCUCUUCUGGAGUUUGUGUUCUCUAUGAGUGUAAGGACAAAACAAUGAAGUUUGUUGAGAAUUCAGUUUGCCAGCCCUUGAAUUGUCCAGAUUCCCAUCAUAUUACUUUACCUCAUAGCUGCUGCAAAGUUUGCAAAGGUCAUGAUUUUUGUUCUGUGAGACAUAACUGCAUGGAAAAUUCAGUCUGCCAGAAUCUAAAUGACAGGGCAGUAUGUAUUUGUCAAGAUGGUUUUCGAGCCCUUCGAGAGGACAAUGCCUACUGUGAAGACAUUGAUGAAUGUGCUGAAGGACACCACUAUUGCCGGGAGAACACCAUGUGUGUCAACAUACCUGGUUCUUUCAUGUGCAUCUGCAAAGCAGGAUACCUAAGAAUUGAUGAUUAUUCCUGUACAGAGCAUGAUGAAUGUAUCACAAAUCAGCACAACUGUGACAAAAAUGCACUAUGUUUCAACACUGUUGGAGGGCAUAAUUGUGUCUGUAACCCUGGCUAUACAGGAAAUGGAACCACAUGUAAAGCAUUUUGCAAAAAUGGCUGUAGAAAUGGAGGAACCUGUAUUGCUUCCAAUGUAUGUGCCUGUCCACCAGGCUUCACAGGACCUAGCUGUGAAACAGACAUUGAUGAAUGUUCAGAUGGCUUUGUACAAUGCGACAACCGUGCUAACUGCAUUAAUCUGCCUGGUUGGUAUCACUGUGAGUGCAGAGAUGGCUACCAUGACAAUGGAAUGUUUUCACCAAAUGGAGAAUCAUGUGAAGAUAUUGAUGAAUGUAGCACUGGGAGACACAGCUGUGCCAAUGAUACCAUUUGCUUUAACCUGGAUGGUGGUUAUGAUUGCCGGUGUCCUCAUGGGAAAAACUGCACAGGGGAUUGUAUUCACAAUGAAAAAGUUAAACACAAUGGGCAGAUUUGGGUGUUAGAUAAUGACAGAUGUUCCGUGUGCUCGUGUCAGAAUGGAUUUGUCAUGUGUCGCCGAAUGGUCUGUGACUGUGAAAAUCCCACUGUUGAUCUCUUUUGCUGCCCAGAAUGUGACCUCAGGGUUACCAGUCAAUGUCUCCAUCAGAAUGGGGAAAUCUUAUACAAUAGUGGAGACACCUGGGUACAGAAUUGCCAACAGUGCCGAUGUUUGAAAGGGGAAGUUGAUUGCUGGCCUCUGCCUUGCCCAGAUUUAGAGUGUGAAUUCAGCAUGCUCCCAGAGAAUGAGUGCUGUCCGCGCUGUGUCACUGACCCUUGCCAGGCUGACACCAUACGGAAUAACAUUAUGAAGACUUGCCUGGAUGAAAUGCAUGUGGUUCGUUUCACUGGAUCUUCUUGGAUUAAACAUGGUACCGAAUGCACCCUCUGCCAAUGCAAGAAUGGUCAUGUCUGUUGUACAGUGGAUCUACAGUGCCUUCAGGAACUAUGAAGUUAACAUCUGUCUCUGCCAAGAGGUUUCUGGUUAAAGACUUUUACUUUACUAAAAAAAAAAAAAGUCCAAAAACUCAUAGUCAAAACCAAAAUUGGACCAGUUGCAUGUGGUGAACAUGUGGAUCUAUUUUGAGCUUUUAAUUAUAGAAUUUAUAGAUCUUGAGGAAACCUCAGAAGGAAAAAUCAAUGGAUUAAGUCAGAAUACACUUCUGGCUAUUUUGUUUUUGACCUGACUAUAUGGGAUGAGUAUGGAAUACAUAGUGAUGUCAAAACUACUGGAAACAGACACUGAUCCUGCUUGAUAUUUGAAGGCAGCUUUCUUCAUUUGGUGCAGAAAAUUAUAGCUUAUGUUAUCUUCACAUAUUGCUUGGGGUCCUCACUAUAACUUUUUUAGUCAGUGAAUGGAAAACAUUUUUUACAAGAUAGAUAAAGAACCUAUGAUGUUUUAUGUAUAAUACAUACUCAGAAAAAAAAAAUACCUGAAACAAGUUACAGAAAAAAAAUGUAUAGGCAUGGAUGCUUAAUGUUUUCUGACAGGAAAGUCAUCUCUACUUACUUUGGGGUGUGUGUGUGUGUGUGUGUGUGUGUGU